CCCAGACCCAGAGCCAACCUAGGCCACGGCACUGCCCGGCCGGGAUCCCGUAAUCGGGGGGACCGCUUGGCGCGAUGGACCCGACGCUGGCCGCGCAGAUGAGCGAGGCGGUGGCGGAGAAGGUGCUCCAGUACCGGCGGGACGAGUCAGGAUGGAAGAUUUGCCGGGAAGCCAAUGGAGUGUCAGUUUCCUGGAGGCCAUCUGUGGAGUUUUCAGGGAACCUGUACCGGGGAGAAGGCAUCGUGAACGCGCCCCCGGAGAAGGUGUGGGACUGCAUCAAGCCGCUUCCUGGGACCCUUCGGGCCAAGUGGGAUGAGAACGUGAGCAGCUUUGAAAUUAUCGAAAGCCUCACUGAUACGCUGUGCGUGAGCAGAACCACCAGCCCCUCGGCUGCCAUGAAGCUCAUCUCCCCCAGAGACUUUGUGGACUUGGUGCUCGUGAAGACGUAUGAGGACGGGACCCUCAGUUCCAAUGCUAUCAACGUGGAGCACCCGUUGUGUCCCCCGAAGCUGGGUUACGUGAGAGGGUUUAACCACCCUUGUGGCUGCUUCUGUGAGCCUGUGCCAGGGGAGCCCAAAAAGACCCACCUGGUCACGUUCUUCCAGACCGACCUCAGCGGCUACCUCCCGCAGAGCGUGGUGGACUCCUUCUUCCCCCGCAGCAUGGCCGGGUUCUACACCAACCUGGAGAAAGCUGUGAAGACUUUGUACAACUGACGUUUGCACAUGCUAGCCGAGGACUCCCGGACCUCA